AUGUAUUAUGAACUACAGCUUGCAGAGCUGCUGAGCUCAGUGUCAGGGAAGCAUCAGACAGUGCACCUGGCCAUCUACCUGCUUGAUAACUUCAUGGACCAGUACGACAUUCAGGACAAGACCAUCUACCUGGUCACCCUCACCUGUCUGCUGAUUGCCAUUAAGGUUGAGGAGGACAACCAGGUUCCGAAGAUCAGUGAACUUAACUCCUGCAUCAACAACGGAUUUCAUCUGCGUGAGUUCCUCCAGAUGGAGCUGAUGUUGCUCAAGGCGUUUGCUUUCGAUCUGACGAUCCCGACGGCCGCUCACUUCGUAUGCUACUACGAGACGCGGGCAGUGACCCUGGCCGACCUGCGACGAUACACCGAUGACAACGGCAUCACCGUCGACGACGACACGUUCACCCUGCUGCUCGAGAAAGCAAGAGUUAACAUGAGGAGACACAUAGACUACUUCCUAGAGACGUCGCUGCAAUCGAUGCGUAUCGUCGUCAAUGGCGUUGUCUGCGUGGUGGCCGCUGCGUGCGUCGUGCCGCUCCGCCACUGCAUCCGUUCUCUCCUGCCACGAUGGCCGCCACCCUGCAGACUUAUUAGAGUGGCAGUGCGUGGAAUGGCACAGUCGCGGACGCUGCGUGCGACGCAUGCUAGUUCUAAGUAA